AUGUCCGCAAACUCAGACUCCGACUGUGCCUCCGGCUCAAAAUCCUGCACCUUCACCUGUCCUGCCGGCGGCACAUGGUAUGCCUGUCCGGACCCCCCCUAUUUCGUGGGCUGCUGCUCGUCCGACCCAUGCCAUAAUACCAACAGCAAUAAUACAUCUCCGUGCCCGAAUGUCCACGCAGCAUCGUUUGACACAAGCAUCUUCGACAGCCUCACACCGAAUAACUGCAUUGAUGUUCCUAGUGAUAACUGGUACACGUGUAAUGGCACCGACGUGCCGUUCAUAGGCUGCUGCGCAUCGAACGCCUGCGCCGAGUCGACGGGGUGUCCAAAGGACGACGUGCGUGCAGCGGCUUGGAGCUCGUCGAGGGAGGAUCAAUUUACAUUGUUUCAGGAUGCGGAUGGGGGGGACGAUGGUGAUGACUCGGGGGAUGAUGGGCUCGGGGCCGGCGCGAUUGCAGGUAUUGUGGUUGGGAGUGUUGCUGCGGUGGUGAUUGUGAUUGCGCUUGCUUGGUGGUUUCUUAGGAGGAGGAAGAUGCAAAAGCAGGACACGUCUGCGGGGAAAUAUAUGGGUCCUGCGUCGCCGUACCAGGAUGUAGACUCGCACUUUUCCAGCCCCGGGGGAACGACUGUCGGUCCAAAUACAGGGUACCUGUCUAUGUCCCCAGCAGGAGUUAGUAGUAUGCCCUCAUCGCCCCCGCUGCCGUCGGAGUCUGGGCGAGCAGUAUCGGAGCUAUAUUCAAGCGACACGGAUGUGCAACAUCAGUAUAAACACGGAUCGGGUCAGCAUGGGCUGGGGGUACUUGGCGCGACGCCGCAGCCAAUUCCCGAGCUGGAUAGCACGAAUCAACCACCAGAGAUCCACGAGAUGGAUGGGGGGAGUCGGUCGUAA